UCUGAGCUCGGCUGUUCCCGGGCGCGUUUCCACUCCGGCACAAGCAGCCUGCGCCGGGAGCGGGAGAACACCUCCGUCUCCAUCAGCCAGAGCACCUGGACACCUGGCUCCGUUGCUAGCUCGGAUCUGCCUAUACCCGCUGAAGGAGCGGUGGGGUGGGGUGGGGACAGAGCUGUGCCCCCCAGGGCCAGCAGACACACUGACCUAGCUCAACCUCUUUACUUUUUUUAUUACUUUUUUUUUCCCCCCUAUUGUUUUAUUUUGCUAGCUCGAUUUUAGCCCAGGAACUUUUAACUGCUGCCAGCGGUGGAGCACAGAUCGGGAUUAGAUCUUUUCCUCCCCUGUUCCCAAGAUCCUCCUCCUGAGUGGCCACCAUGGGAAGUAAGACCCUGCCAGCCCCAGUGCCUAUCCAUCCUUCUCUCCAGCUCACCAACUACUCCUUCCUGCAAGCAUUUAAUGGGCUGCCCACUGUGCCCUCUGACCACCUCUCCAACCUCUAUGGCUUCAGUGCUCUGCACGCCGUACACCUGCACCAGUGGACUUUGGGGUACCCAGCCAUGCACCUGCCCCGCUCCUCCUUCUCCAAAGUGCCCGGUGUGUCAAGCCUGGUGGAUGCACGCUUUCAGCUGCCAACCUUCCCACUCUUCCCACAUGUCAUCCAGCCCAAGCAAGAGGCCACCAAUGUGACCCUCAAAGCCAAACCCCGCUUUGACUUUGCCAACUUAGCAGUGGCUGCCACACAAGAGGACCACUCUAAACUGGGACAGGCAGACAGUCAGGGCUCACCUCCAGGGCUGGGGUCUUUGCUUGAGGUGACUAAACUCUCUCCAGAGAAGAAACCAACACGGGGCAGGUUACCAUCUAAAACCAAGAAGGAGUUUGUGUGUAAAUUCUGUGGCAGGCACUUCACCAAGUCCUACAAUCUUUUGAUCCAUGAAAGAACCCACACUGAUGAGCGGCCCUACACAUGUGACAUUUGCCACAAGGCCUUCAGAAGACAGGAUCACCUGAGGGAUCACAGAUAUAUCCAUUCUAAAGAAAAACCUUUUAAGUGUCAAGAAUGCGGGAAAGGAUUUUGCCAGUCCCGAACGCUAGCUGUCCACAAGACACUGCACACGCAAGUAAAGGAACUGAAACCUGCCAAACUUAAGUGCUGAAUCUCCAGCUUCUAUGAACUUUUCUUUCCUUUCUGACAUUACACCAAAACCAGAGCAGAAGCAAAACAUUCAGGAUGGAAGCACUGAACUUUGUGUUUUGUUCUUGGUUGUACUUUUAAAAGAGCGAAAUCUGCCCCAUCUCCCUUCACCCCAAAGUUUAGCUUCGUAAGUCAUGGGUGAAAAGAUUAUUUUGCUUUUAAAAUAUACAUAAAUGAUGCAAAGAGUACUAGCUGACUUGUGUGGCUUUGAUAAACUUUAUGCCAAAAGGUGGUGCUCAAGCGUUAGACGGAAAGUUCUUUCAAAGCAAACCCCACAAGUUGUCCUCCCCCAAUCCAAACAACAUCUCCCUCCCUCCCCCCCCCCCCCAAGAAUUGUAGCUUCCAAAAGUAUGACUUUGAAAAAAAAACCCAAACAAAAAAAAGCCCAAAAAAAAAAACCAACCCAACAGUCAACCUCUUAUUUUAUACUUUAUUUUUUUUUCUGCCUAAAGCUUCUUAUUUUUACACUUCAGAAAAUACAGAGAAUUCUAGGAGACAACUAAGAACUGAAAGCAUGGUUUCUCAUCACAGCACCAUUAGAACAAACAGGAGAGGGGGAAUUUGCAUAUCUGAUUUUCCAGUUUGUUUUUUUAAAGGACAAGAAAAUGAAUAUUAGAAAUUGACCCAAGUCUCUCAAAAGGGGAGUCCUAUCACGCACUAGAAAACGCAUCCAUAUCUCAGACCUGUGAGUUUCCAGUGUUUGGGGCGAUUUAGCGUUCGUGGGACAUAGAGACCUGUUUUUCUGCAUUGUGGUCUAGUGCGCUGUGAGGAGGUUUGUAACUUGUAGACUUACUUUUAAAAACCCAGAGGAAAGACAGAAAGAUAGCAAUACAUCAAACUGACAGUAUGCACAAUACAGUGUUAGUGGUACUUUAAAGUCUUUGUGCGUUUUGAUGAAAGAGAACAAAUUUCAACCUGAGAGCGUAUUUUUUUAAAGCUGGCUUUCUGAACAGUGUAUUCAAAUUAAGAGACAUUCCAAUAAGUUUUGUUUAUUAAAAAAAGAAAAGGAAAAAAAAAAGUUGUAUGGCUGUUUGGCACUUUAUGCUGAUUAUUGGUAAUUGACAUUUAUCACUGGAUUGUGUGUGUUUUUUUAAGUAUUAAAAUAAAUCGUUAUUUUACAGGCAA